AUGACCAUUUCACCGACAGGACCCGGGCUUGACCUCUUUCUAGUGUCGGUCAUAUUGGGAGCAUUAUCAUGUAUUGCUGUGGUCUUGCGACUUGUCAUUCGCAAGAGGAUCAAAGGCAUCGGGCUGGAUGACUGGCUCAUGCUGCUGGGACUGAUAUUCCUCAUCCUCACAUGCAUCUCGACGAUAGUGGGUUCUUUCAAUGGCGUUGGGACCAAGAAUGAGCACCUCGACAGUUACUAUUUGAUGCAGGGCAAAAAGUGGUUCCUCUUUGCCCAGCUGUUUUAUGUGCUCAGUACUGUGCCCAUCAAGGCUGCCAUAUGCGUUUCGCUCCUCCGAAUUACAACCCGAAAUCUCUAUCGAUGGAUAUUGUACGGUGUGAUAGGUUUAGCAAGCAUCGCUUGCGUAGUCACCGACAUUACGCUCUUGACGUGGUGCCAACCAGUCUCUGCGACAUGGGACUCGUCCACGGGAAAGUGUGCAGAUGCGAGUAUCGUGACGAAUAUCUCGUACUUUAUUUCAGCCUGCUCAGUUGUGACGGACUGGACCUGUGCCAUCUUGCCAGCCUUUAUCCUAUGGGAGGUUCAAUUAAAGCCCAAAGUCAAAGUGUCUGUGGCAAUCGUUCUCGGAGUUGGUGUCAUAGCAAGUUCUGCCACGCUCGUCCGUCUGCGAUAUCUUUUGCAUUAUAGCGACCCCGAUAAUUACCUGUAUAGCGUGGCUGACAUUGCCAUUUGGUCCGUCGUGGAAUCUGGCAUUGGAAUUAUUGCUGGAUCUGCCCCGGCGCUUCGCCCGCUUCUGAAAUACAUUCCAUUCCUUGGCGAUACGAGCAGCAAUCGCACGCCCGGGACUGGCGGGCCAAGUGGCGCUGCCGGCGCCUCCUAUAAACUCAAUACAUUCAAGAACUCGAAUGCGCCCAAGACGCUGGUACAGGUCGGUGAUAAUGGAUGGGAUCGCCUGUCGGAUACCGAAAGCCAGAGAUACAUAUUAAAGGACAAUGGGAUCAAGGUCACCAGAGACGUUACUUUCAAUGUAACCCACGAUGCAGACUCUGAUGCACGGUAA